GUUCAGGGUAAAACAGCAUGGUAUUUUGCGGCAUGAUGAGAAGCUAUUAUAAAACGUUUUGUCAUUGUAUAGAAAACAAAGACUUGUCGUGAUUAUUUACAUUUAAAUCGAUUACCAGAGCCAGAGACCCGGGCAUUCUCUGCUGUCUUGUUACAAAAAAAACAACACUGUAUUUAUUUGAGAAUUCAAGCGGACAGUAGAUGCAGAUCAGACUCUCAGUCAGUCAGCGUGGCAGUGUAGUUAGUUGCUGAGCUGCGCCUUACGGUGUAUUCUAGUUUAUACUAGUACAGUUUUAUGUUCCAGUCCAAUAUCUACCCAGUUGUUUCACAAUGCUAUAUUUAAUUGGACUGGGUUUAGGCGAUGUCAAAGACAUUACAGUAAAAGGAAUGGAAACUAUUAAAAAGUGCAGCCGAGUUUAUUUAGAAGCAUACACAUCAAUUCUGACUGUGGGGAAAGAAGCACUGGAGGAAUACUAUGGCAGGGAACUGAUUUUGGCCGAUCGGGAAAUGGUUGAACAAGAAGCCGAUGAGAUUUUAAAAGAUGCUGACGUUGCUGAUGUGGCCUUUCUGGUGGUUGGUGACCCAUUUGGUGCAACCACUCACAGCGACUUGGUCCUGCGGGCUGUAAAAGCUGGGAUUUCAUACAGGGUCAUCCAUAAUGCCUCCAUAAUGAACGCCGUUGGGUGCUGUGGAUUACAGCUGUACAGUUUCGGGGAGACUGUGUCUGUAGUGUUCUGGACAGACACUUGGAAACCAGAAAGCUUUUAUGACAAAAUCAAAAGAAACCGACUCAACGGAAUGCACACUCUCUGCUUGCUUGAUAUCAAAGUCAAGGAGCAGUCUGUAGAAAAUUUAAUAAAGGGCCGGAAGAUUUAUGAGCCUCCCAGGUACAUGAGUGUGAACCAAGCAUCGGAACAGCUGCUGGAGGUCAUCCAGAACAGGAGGGAGCAGAGCGAGGAGCUGGCGAUCUCUGAAGACACAAUAUGCGUGGGACUAUCCAGAGUUGGUGCAGAGGACCAGAAGAUCUUGGCCGGCCCCCUGAAAGAGAUGGCAUCAGCAGAGCUGGGGGGCCCCCUGCACUCAAUGAUCAUCUCCGGGCACCUGCACCCUCUGGAGAUCGACAUGCUGAAACUGUUUGCUGUCAGCGAAGCGAGUUUUGAGAAUCUGAAAAUGACAGACAGCUCAACGUUCACAUCAUAGUGACCUACACGUGUAUGGAUGGAUGUG